CAGUCUAUUGCACGAGUAGUUUUGCGAUUUUCGUUUGCGUGCGUAGGUAUCCCAAUUGUGGGGAAAAAGUCGGAAAUUCACCCGUUUCUUAAUUUAACUGCUAACAAAAAUUGUGAAAAUUAAAUAUAUUUAAUUGUGCUUUCACGCGGUGCUAGUAUAUUUUAUUGUAGUGAGUGUUUUGCGGGUCCUCCAUUGAAAUAUAAGACGAUGCGAAAAAUGGUGCUGAGGAUGAUUUCAUUGCCGUAAUUACGAAGUUUGAAAGUUCAAGUGGUUUGUGCACUUUGUUUGUGAAGUACAAAUGGAUGGUGAAGUGGUUUUGAUGUGUCGGUGAAGUGUAUAAAAAGAAUAUUGGAAAAUGCUUCGGGAACUCAUCACCUGGGUACUAAACACUUAUUUGGGAAAGUACUUGGAAAAUUUCAAUCCGGCCCAGCUCUCAGUUGCACUCCUUUCCGGUGAAGUUGAAUUAGAAAAUGUGCCACUCCGGAGGGACGCUUUACGUGGCCUUGGCCUUCCUCUUCAAGCUCUCAGCGGUAACAUAGGGAAAAUUAAAUUACAAAUCCCUGUUCGUCAAUUUCGUUCAGCGCCAUGGUGCAUAAUAAUCGAGAAGGUCUAUGUCGUUAUCAGUCCAAUCGAUUUAGACGAAUGGGAUGACGAAAAAGAACGGCUGGCAGAGUUAAGCUACAAAUUGACACAAUUAGAUGAUAUGGAAGCGAAAUGGAGGACAAAACGCGAAGCUUACCUGGAAAGUGGUUAUUACACAACGUCCUAUUCGGGUUGGUUAAACUAUGGAACGAGCUUGGCAACAAAUAUUAUUGAAAAUUUACAGCUAGUAAUUAACGAUGUACAUAUUAGAUACGAAGAUACAAUUACGAUACCCAAGACGCCGUUCACUUGUGGUAUCAUAAUUGAAUCAUUGUCGGCGCAAAGUUGUGAUUCAAAUUGGAAUCCAGGCCUCACAUCAACAUGGAGCCAAAACUCAACCUCUUUCAAAUUAUUGGAACUGAAAUCAUUCUCCGUCUACUGGGAUCACUUACCGCCAGAUGAGAUAUUUGGAAGAACACCAUCAUCAGAUUUAGUGGAAGCUAUGAAAAGGCUGGGUAGUGGUUUUCAGCACAAAUACAUAAUUCAUCCUAUUACUGCCCAGGCCCAUUUCAAACGAGAUCGAAGCGAAACACCUUUGCGCACUAGGAGUCGGCCGAGACUUUCAUGUGAAGUAACUGUUAAUGAAGUCAACCUUUCCUUGGAUGAUCGGCAGUACCUUGAAGUUAUCGAAUGUUCAAGGGGAAUUCAUAAAAUCAAUAAACUACGUAAAUAUCGUUUGCUCCGACCCAAAACCGAGGUGAUGAAAAAUCCUAAACUUUGGUGGCAGUACGCUGCGAAAUGCUAUGGAUUUAGUAUCCAGACCUUCGAAGAACGCCGUGAAAAAUAUAAAGAUAAUUUGAAAUAUAUACAGAUUUAUUCGAAUGUAGUACUGAAUCCAAAUGAAAUUCUCUCAGAGGAGGCAAAGGAGUUCAAAUCGGAGAUUGAAAAAGAUCGUGACUUGAAUGAGUUGAAAGUUCUCAGAGAGAUUUGUUUGCAACAAGCUCCAUUCGAAAAUAAAAUGAGAGAUCAAAAGGCAAAUCAAGGUAGAAAUAUGUUAUUUCAAUGGUUCCCACAGUGGUGGGGUUGGUAUGGCAGUAACAACGCACAGGAAGCAGUUGCAGAAGAGCCCGUGAACAGUGGUCCUGCAACAGAGGGUCAGUUUGAUGAUGAUGAGCUGCUGAAUGCCUUGGCUGAUUCUGUAGAUAAUGACGAUUCCGUGUUUAAACGUGAUUCUGUUUUUGGAAAAUUCGACUUCGAAUUGAAGGGAGGAUUGUUGCACUUGUGUAGUGAAAAUGGCUUAACAAAAGAAGUUAGCACAUUGCUUGAGUUCCAUUUUACUAGUCUUCUGUUGAAUAUCGAGACAAGACCACGAUCUGGUUCGCAUUUGGUGGGCUUAUCUUUAGGAUCCGUUUGUAUCAAAGAUAGAAUAACGCCAAAUACAGAAUUCCCAGACUUGAUAAGCCCACAAAUGAAGUACAGUGCCACAAGCUCCACUCGUUUACAAAAUCAGAAACAGUAUCGCGAUAGUAAUAUUGACAGUACAGAGCCAUGGUUUCAAUUACAAUACGAAAGGAAACCAUUAUCCUACACUGCGGAUUAUAGAUUGGAAAUACGUACGAAGUCUCUAGAUGUAGUAUAUAAUAUCGUGGCACUGCGAUGUUUCAUUGAUUUCAUUUCGAAACCGCUGAAAAUGAUAAGCGCAAGGAAAAAAAUUGAAGCCAUGAAGAACAAAACAAAGAUGCGUCUGAUCAGUAACUGGAAAAAUCUUGGACAACGGAAAUCGUGGUCAUUAGAAAUUGAUGUACAUGCCCCACAGAUUAUAUUCGUGGAGAAUUUUAGCAAUGAAAACACUACAGUAGUUCUAUUCGACUUUGGAAGGUUCAAAUUGAGAAAGAAUGCGGUGAAAGAUAGAGUGAGGCAAGUUAACAAUAUGAAAGCCAACGACGUACCCACUCUCUCAAAUUUAUCGAAUAAAGGCAGUGAAGAUGAAGAUAUGUUCAUGACACCUUGCUCCACACCUCCAGGAUCAGAAGCGAGUACAUCGGACUCACCCACUUUGCAUUCAACUAUGACCGAAAUUCAGGACGCAAGUACAUCAAUAAAUAAUGAAUUGGGUGAUGCAUUGUAUACAAAAAUCUAUGAUAAAUAUAUUAUCGAUUUAACCGAUCUGCAAGUGCUAGUUUGUAAAGGGAAGGAACGCUUGGCUUUCGCUAGCUCGCGAGGAACGUCAAAUCUCCACGUGCUGGAUAGAUUCAAUAUCUCGCUUCAACUAGAGCGUAGGGUUUUCCACACAGAUGAUCCAAACUAUCCAUCAGUUCAACUUCAAGGCACCUUGCCAAAACUCGUAGCCCAUAUAAACGAACCGAAAAUGCUUGCACUUUACCAUAUCCUCGACAUAAUGUCCACCGAGAUCCUCCAACCAUCUAAUACUCCUGCAACUGUACCAUCUAAUACUCCUGCAACUAUUCCAGACGUGAAACCUUCUGAUUUGAAUGGUGAAACUAUCACCGAAGAAGAUGAAAUUACAACAUAUCAAGAUAUUUCCGAAUCGACAGAAUCUUCUGAUGUCGGUGGCAAUUUGGUUGUUAUAAAAUUUGAAAUAGAUCAAAUGUCGCUUGAAGUACAAUCGCGAGGACGAAGUAUUGCAGAGUUGCAAGUAACUGGUGUGAAAUCAGCUUUCACCAGACAGCAGGGAAGAACAGAUGUCCUUUUGUCAGUACACGGACUACUUUUAGUUGAUGCUAUUCAAAGUUUUGGGCGUGAUUUUGAAUUGCUAGUAGCGAGUCAUCGCUACGUUGGAAUGGACAGCGUUUCAGGAAGUCUAAAACAGAGCGAGCCAACUUCGCCUGUAUCACCACCUUCACCCGAUCCAAUGUACGACCGUUGUACGAGCCCUCAAACCAUAACACGAGCGUUGAGUUCUUUACAGAAAGAAAAAUUAUUACAAAAGUCUAAUUCCCUCACAUGGUCGAAUUCGGGUGAUUUAGAUGCCCUGAUUACAAUUGAGGUUACAAUUGAAGAUAAUUUAGAAAAGACUCGAUCAGCUUCCAUACAUUUCAACAAUUUGGAUAUCAUAGCUAAUCAGGAAACAAUUGUGGAAUUGAUGGGAUUCAUUCGCCGCGUGUUACCCAGUGAACAUAGGAAACCUAAAACACAGUAUGAGUUAAAAGAAAAGUAUGAAGUGGCUGUAGAUAAUAAUAUCGCUAUACAAACUGAGAUAAAAUUCAAUUUUCAUCGCCUAAAUGUACUCAUAUUGAGAGCUUUAAUGCGCGAUUCUUUUUUAAUUGGUCGCAAAGUUGGUACAUUCACGAUGAGUGAGGCAAAAAUUCACGCCACCUUAGGAUCAGAAAUAAUUGUCGACGGUUCAUUAGGUGGCUUACAAGUUCUAGAUUUGACGCCAGAAGGUGCAAAUCAUCAACGUAUUUUAUCAGUCGGUAAAGAUCCAUUGACCGAAACUGACGGUACUGAACAAGACUUAGUUAGCUACCUCACCGAAGAGAUUUAUGGAUCGUCGCACAUGAAGCCAAAACCCGCUGUUCAGCGCCAAGCUUUAUCCUUCAAGAUAUCGAAAAACAUUCGCGCCACUGUCAGUAUUAAGGUGAGAAUGGCGUCGGUGUGGUAUACGCAUUGCGCUCGGUUUACCCAGGAACUAAAUUGGUGUGUAACGGAAUUCAAGCAUUAUUUGAAAAAUUUGGCAAAGUCGAUUCGAGACAAAGCUACAGAUAUGGCUUAUGGUUUGGUGCAGUAUUAUGACGAUUUGUUAGAUGGUCAUGCGGCUGAUCACACAACAAAACCAAUAGAAAAUCCUUUUAUUAUUGGAGUAGCAAGUCGUCGCCACAAGAAAAACGACAUUCAACUGGACAUUGUCCUUGACACGCCUGUGGUAGUCGUGCCACGUUCUAGCAAUAGUACUGAAGUAUUAGUUGCUCAUUUAGGCAAAAUUUCGGUAACAAAUCGGACGCACCCACAAGCAGAAGCAGAUGAUAUGCGAACAAUAGAGGAAGAGACGUCAAUAAAAGUUCAAAGCGAUGAUGAUAGCUCGACACUAAGUAGCACUGAGUUAGAGGUGCAUCCGCAUGAUUGUAAUAGCCCUUUCAAUACUAAUGACAUUUACUCAAUUGAUAUACGAAAUAUGAAUUUGUUUUCUUUGGAUACGAGCAACCGGAGGGGAUUCCGCAUGACAGACUUACCGAAAGCUGAGGAGAUUUAUUCGUGCAAAGAAGACGCAGUUGCAAUUCUUCAUGAUACUGCAAUAGAAUUGAAAAUUUCUAAAUUUUCAAAAGAAAUAAGCUCGUUAGUUGGACCAAACAUUAGAGAAACCCUACAGAUAACAGGUACUGUAAUUCAACCACUACAAAUAUCUCUUUCCCGAGGACAAUAUGAACAAGUGUUAGAAACUGUCGAUAACAUAUUUACAACACCUUCGGAUAUGGUAUAUCCACCAAAAGUGGUGAACACUUAUUUAGAUAAUGAUAGUAUCGAAAAACCCGAAUUCAUUGUAUCCGGCCUUGCUCCAGACGUGGACGACAUAAAGCUCGUAGAGAAACGAAAGUCGCUUGAGCCACAAGUGGUCUUCACUCUGCCGAUUUUUAAAAUACAAUUAAAAGACGAAAACAACAAACCAUUGAUAGAAAUAACUUUCCGGGAAUUUAGUGUGAAUUAUGAAAGGGAAAACCUUUAUGAGACAAAUAUCCAAGUAUCUUUGCGUUCUAUUUUGAUGGAAGAUCUUUUAUGUCCCGUCGGUUCGAAAUAUAGACAAAUGGUUGUUUCUUCGGAACAAAAUAUUGGAAUGUCCAAUGAAUUUUCUUCGUCUUGCCCGAAUUUAUCGAAAUACUUUACGAAUCAGGAGAUAGUUACUGGUUCAUUGCCUGAAAAUUUAGAAGCAGGAGCAGGGUUUGAAACAUUAUAUUGGAAGAACGCAAAUAGCAAGCGGACCACUUGUGUAAAGGACAAAGCCAAUUAUGGACAAUCUUGUGAUUUAUCGGCGCUUGUUAUUGACCCUAGUUGCCCGGAUUUUGCAACAAAAUACAAUUCUUUGCGGCAAAGAAGCCAAAUCGAUUUUAAUAGUUUGGACCUAAUAAUUUCCGUAGAAAGUUGGUUCUUGCUUUUGAACUUCUUCGGACUAAUGUCAGAAGAUGAUGAUACUGAAAUAACUGAGACAGAUUGUCGCAAGCGAGAUGAGGAAACGAUCGGCGAUAUUCCCACUGGAAGCACAAAAUUGGAUAUAUCAGUGAGGUCGCUAACUUUGAAGUUGAUUCGAAAUGGCUCCGAUUUAGCCAAAGCAAAUGUAUCAAAUGCUAGUUUCACCAUUUCCAAGCAGGGAUUAUCGAAAAUUACGGAUGGUCGUUUAGGGUCUGUGUCGUUGGUCGAUAUGACGAGUGCUGGUAGAAUGUAUAGUGAACGGUUUUGGACAUGUGGAUCUGAAGCAUUAAAGUUUACUUAUAGGCGGGAUGGUGAAAAAAACAGACAACGGAGUUUAAAUAAAGAUGCCAAUUUGAAAAUUCAAAUGUCGUCAGUUAAAUCAGUGUACACAAAACGAUUUGUGAGCGAAAUUCAAGAGUUUAUCAAAGAGUUUUUACAACUGCAAACGCCCGUAAUCCGAAAAAUUAAAUCGGCUGACCUGCAUUCACAUCUGCUGCAGCGGCCCACUCAACUUGGUUUGGAGAUAAAAGCAGGAUCACCAAUAAUUUUGCUUCCGCUUAGUUCAAAAAGCAACCAGGUCAUAAUCGUCGAUUUAGGCGAGCUGACUCUGAAAAAUAGUUUCCAUUUGGCAAGCGAAGACGAUGUAAUCAGUCAAAAACGAGAUCCAGCCCUAUUAGAUGAAAUCCUCGACGUAAUGGAAAUAUAUCUUGUCAAUACAGACUUAUUUACGGGCACCAUAUGGUCGAAAGCUCGAGAUUUACCAAAAACAGAAACGAGUGGCCAAGUUUAUCUUGAUAUGGGGAAUUAUUGGAUUAUUAAAAGAGGCAAGAAUAUGCUCAAAGAGAAAUGCCAUUUGAAAUUACAAAUUGAACGGAAUAUGGAUUCGUGGAAAAGUCACAACUGCCCGGACUUUAGUGUACAGGGAACGCUCUCGAGACUAGAAGGGAUGUUAGACUUGGAGCAGUACAAAUUAAUCAGAGGAUUUCUGUCGCAUAAUUUAGGGGAAGCACUGGAUGAUAUUUAUGAGAACGCAUUCAUGUUAACGGAAAGCAAGGUGAACUUAACCGUUUUAGAAAACGAGAAACACCCUGAGAAAUUCGUAUGGACUACAAUGUCAGUGAACUUGGAUUUGGAAGAUGUUUCUCUACAGUUGAAAUGGUCAACCGAAGAAACUAAACGAAAUCAGAACCACUCACAGACACUUGCAUGCAUAAACUUCAUCAAAUCUAGUUUGAAAAUCGACUCUUACAGUGAUGGAUCUCAGGAUAUCGAUUUAAUAUCGCAAGAAAUUCUAAUGAUUGAUUCGCGGGGUAAAGGUACUGCAACCGGUCAAAAGAACGUGUUUACCAAAAUACUGAAACCUAUUUAUAAGAACCCUGGGAAAAGUUUAGUUCAGGCUGAAGUGCACAGUCGAAAACGAAAUGAUUGCACGAAAUUCACUGUUCUACUGAAUAAUAUGCGAAUAAUGGCAAUCCUCGAUUGGUUGGAAAACGUGCAAGAUUUUCUUGGCAGGGAGCCGGAGGUGACAAAGAGUUCCUAUUAUAGUUCGCAUGCCUCGGAUUUGUCGAGCAGUACAACGGCAUUAGAUCAUGCUCCAAUGGAACUCAUAUUAAAUAUAACGGACUCCGAAUUGGUGUUUGUUGAAAAGAUUGAUCAAUUGGACACGAAUGCUGUGAUUCUGCGCAGUACCACUGUGGUAUCAUAUAAGCCGAAUGAAACCGUGAAGCCCAUUUCAUUUAAUCUUAAUCAUCUAGAGGUAUUUUCGUGCAUUCUUGGCAAUGAGAAAGAUACAGCUUUGUCCAUAAUUGACCCAAUCACAGUGAACGCUGAUAUCAAGGAAAACAUUCUUCAGAUUCAACUCCAAAAACAACUUUGCAUUCGAUUAUCUUACCAUGACGUGAAAAUGUUUGCGAGAAUGUUAAAAUCACUCCCUAAACAAACACGGACAGCACAAAAUACUAAGAACAGAAAACUGGAAGAAUCUGAAAUUAAGAGACACCAUGUCCUGAAAUUAGUUACAUUGGGAUUUAGAGAAAGUGAUUGUAUGACGGCUUUGAAAAUAUGUCCUAAUCUCUACGAUGCUGCGUUAUGGCUCACUCAAAAUGCUGAACCAGUUCGGACUGCGGGUAGUGGUAGCGGAAAUAAAAAGACAGCUUUGGACAUCAAUGCUAUAGAAAUUCGUGCAUAUGGGAUUUCUGUUUGUGUGAUCGAUGAUUGCAUGGAUUCAGAUGUGCCACUGCUAGAACUAUCCCUUUCCCAAAUAGAUUUUAAACAGGAUCUGAAUAUUUCCAUGUUUAAUUCAGAAAAGGGCAGCUCACCGACUAUACCUGCAUUUUGUAGUGGUUUUUUAAAGGCCAGUUUUGCUAGUGACUACUACAACCGACAUCUGAGUGGUUGGGAGCCAAUUAUCGAGCCGUGGAAAUGUGAUGCGACAUGGGAUUAUAAGUUGGGUAGAAAUGGAAUUGAACGAAGUUUAAGAAUAUAUAGUGAGGAGCUACUGAAGCUUAAUAUAACAAGCACACUGAUCGAGUUAUGGAGCACGGUCCAGACUAAUUGGACGCAAGACUAUUAUGCAAACACGACUGGCUAUCGGAGGCGAAAUCCGUUUAUACCAUUCUCUUUAGAGAACCAAACGGGGGUGAAAUUGCGUUUCAAAAUCAUUAUGACAUCUACUGGUGGAAUCACAAGAACCGAAAUUUCCAGUGAUAGAGUUCGAAAUAAAUGGGUUUACGUAGAAUCAAACGAGAGAGUUCCCGUAUUUUUCGGUGAACAGGGAAAAUUGCGUCAUCUAGACUCGCACAAGUUGAAUUUGCAUCAAAUUGUCGUAUGCACAGAGGGAUGGACGGAAGUAGCUCCGGUAUCGAUUGAUAAAGUUGGCAUAUAUUUUCGACAUUCAUUACGAGAUCCAUCUUGCAACUUCCCGAAUAUGCCGAAAGCGCGAUUGGUAUUUGCCGUGACUCUCGAAGGAUCUGCACAAAAAUUAGUAACUAUUCGCUCCGCGCUACGAAUCAUGAAUAAUUUAAAUAACGACCUUCUCUUAAGAAUGGAUUAUCCGAAUAGAUACUUGGGUAUAGCCAGCUGGCCCGAGCCAGAAACCGCUUCCGUAGAAGUGGGUAAGGCGUACAGCGUGCCAUUGAACUACGUACAUGCCGCACUUUGUUUUCAACCUCGUAUGGAGAGUGAGUCGGCCAAUUCGGAACUCGUGAAAACUGUACUUAAUGCAAUCGAAGUCGAUCGUAAGCAAUUGAUUCGAUUGAAAAGUGAAUAUCAAUUCUGUGAACAGCUGAAAAGCUGGCAAGAGUGUAAUAACAGCGGCCAAGAUUAUUAUAAAGAACUUCGAAGUUGUAACGGUAUACGUGAUAAGAUGUAUAAUGCCGUUGUGAUUUUCCGACGCGAAGGAUUUCCAGUCCGUAGUUCUUACAAUAUCUAUCCCGGACACAUAAUUAGCUUGCAUCCUCCACUUAAGAUUAAUAACUUGUUAUGCUGCGAUCUUUUGUUUAAAGUAAAGGCUGGUAAAAUCGAAGGACGCAUUCAACCAUCAAAUUCCUCAGACAUCUUUGAGAUUGACUUAACACAAAAUAUGCAGCUGAACUUUCGAUUGGAUGGAUAUAAUUCAUCUGGUGAAAUCACGAUCCCCGAGGGAUUUAAUGGUAUCAAAGAUUAUAUACUGCCAGUGAGAGAUCAUAAGGACCGAGAACUUCAAUUAAGAGCCCAGAUACAGUGUACGAAAUCAAGUGGCUUGGAAAUCUCAAUUUACGCGCCAUUUUGGUUGGUCAAUCGAACCGGUUUACCUUUGGUUUAUCGACAAGAUGGUGUAUCUAAAGAAGCUGCCGGGCAAUUUGAUGAAAAUGAAGCGGCACGACUGGUCACCCCUCAUAUGUUUUCGUUUUCGGAUCCGGACGCUUCGUCUGCACUUGUUGUGCGUUUAGGAAAAAUGACGCGUUACGGGUCAAGUCCACAGUGGUGCCAGCCAUUAAGCUUGCAUAAAGAUAUCGUUAAUCGAGAGCUGAAGACUGAGAACACAAAUGAAACAUUCUUCAUAGGAAUUGAAAUUCGUAAAGGACGAGGGCGUUAUUCUCGCACCACAGUUGUGACCUUCUCGCCUAGGUUCCGUUUGUAUAACAGAAGUUCACAUAAACUGCAGUUUACACAACAAUGCUACGCGAUAGCAGACCCUGAUUUGCAUGCUAGAUCAACUGUUAUUGAGGCGGUGUCUGGUUGCCAUUUGCCGUUCCACUGGCCGAAAGGUGAUAAACCACAUUUGCUAUGUGUACGGCUAUCUGAUGUCGAGAACUGCUGUUGGUCCGAAGGAAUCUCUAUUUCAAAAGCACAAAGCAUCUAUAUUAACUUACGCGACAUCAAUGAUGAAAUGUACUUUUUACGUUUAGAAAUUGUAGUUCAGGGAGCAACACAUUUCCUACUCUUUGGAGACGCACAAUCUUUACCACCUCCGAUCCGCGUUGAUAAUUAUUCUCAGGUGCCAAUGAAGUUCUAUCAAACUGGAUGUCGAAAGCGGCGGGAGACAACUGUGAAACCAUUUUCGUCAGUUUCUUAUGCAUUGGAUGAUCCAAAUGGACCCCAAUCUUUGUAUAUAGAAGCUCCUGGUGGAGCGUGGUGUGAUUGUUCCCUUAAGGAUUUCGAAAAAGUGCAAAAUUUAACAUACGACAAUUUUAUUUACAUUGCAUUCAAAGGAACAUUUGAGAGUUCCACGGACAAACUGAACCUCAUGUCUAGCUUCGACAUGGAUUCUCAGCACCUUGUAUUGGGCGUGAAGGAUUUCCGCGUGGUACUAAUGCGGAAAAAGCAAGGUGACCGCUCACAAUUAUGGCGAAUGAAUCAACAAAAGCAACUGGAACACGAAGGCUCAUCACCACCCACCGAACCUGGAAAGAAACCAUCAGCCCUUAGUCCCAGAUACGUACUCGAUAUUGACAAGCCGCCAAGACCGAUGGUGUCGAGUUGUUUGGUGAUACGGCCAGCAAAUAAGCAACGCAAAUCAACUCAAACGUGGAGAUUUACUGAAGAAGGUCGGCUGAUGUGUGAACAUGCGAAUAUGUGUGUUCAAGCAUACAAUGGAGUAUUUGGUCUUAGGCCCGGGUGCAGUGUAGUCCUCGGAAUGGUUCAAUCUGACUCACACACAUUCAGCGACGGGCAUGUGCCCAUUGAACAAGUUGUCGAACGACAAAAAUUACGACCAGGAUCGGGUUUCUUAUCAGUAAAUGUUGUUAUGGAUGGACCAACGAAAGCAAUUCGAAUCUGUGAUGUUAGUAAUAAAGAUAAUGUUCUGCUAAAGUCUGACCCCAGCUGGAGGCACGUUUCAAAUGUGAUGAACCCAGAGAGUAACAAUGAACAAAGCGGCGAUAAUACAGAGGAAUAUAGCAUCAAAAUGAAUCUAAAGAAAGGAGUCGGUAUAUCUGUUAUAUCCAAAGUUCCUUGUGAAGAGCUGGCUUACAUUACACUAGAGAAUAUUGCACUAAAAGGCAUUGCUACGCAUUCAGCGCGGUCAAUAGAUUUAUCGAUUGGCGAUAUUCAAAUCGAUAAUCAAUUGCUUGAAACGCAAUGCCCAGUGAUGCUUUACACGAUGAAGCAAGGUUAUAAGGAAGCGGGAUUCUCAGCUAUCGACUUUAACGCAAAAAUUUUACCCAGCCCAAAUGCCAACGCAAUCAUCUAUGAUAAGUUUUUGAUCAAUUUGAACCGGACGUUCAUUGUUUUUUUGGAAGAACGCUUAUUAUUACGUUUAGCGAUAUUUUUCAGUUUAGGGAGAUUACAAUCAGACGAAUCGAAUUUGUCUGAUGAAACGGAUUUUGAAGCUCAACAGGUUGCAACAAGAAUACUGUCCGCGAAUGCAAAACGCUACUAUUUCCGAAAUUUACAAAUCAGUAAUUCAGAGGUUCGCUUGAGUGUGGUGACAUCGUCUAAACUUUCACCAAAGUUAAUCGAUAUAAAGAAGAAACUUGGAUUGACCCUGAUUAAAUUUGAAGAUGCAACUAUUGAGUUUGGCGAAUUUACAUAUCGACACCAAUUUGAAACCUUGGAAGUUUAUCUGCGCGCAAUAAAGUCACAUUACAAAAGUGAACUGAAAUGGCAAGCCGCCUCAAUCUUAGGCAGUGUUGACUUUCUGGGUAAUCCUCUUGGUUUUGCCAAUGAUUUAUCAGAAGGCGUAUCUGGAUUAAUUUUCGAGGGGUCAGUUCGCAGUUUAGUGAAAAAUGUCACACACGGGAUCUCGAAUUCAACGGCCAAAUUGACAGAGACCCUAUCUGAUGGUUUGGGUCGAGUUGUUCUCGACGAACAGGAUAACGAGACAAGGCAAAGAAUCUUGGAGGUAUCAACAACUGGAAAUUCAUCAGGUGAACACUUGGCAGCUGGCCUGAAAGGGCUAGGGUUCGGUCUGUUGGGCGGUGUCACAAGCAUCGUACGACACACAUACGUCGGAGCACAAAAUGAUGGCAUUCAAGGCUUUAUCAGCGGGCUUGGGAAAGGGAUCAUUGGAACGGUUACAAAACCUAUUAUAGGUGUCUUAGAUCUAGCCUCAGAAACAGCAAAUGCUGUACGGGAAACCAGUAAAAGCGCUCAUCGAAUAUUACCUGAAAGGAAGAGAUUGCCCAGAUGUGUUUCUGGUGCAGCCGGAGGGCUUCUACCAUCCUACUCCGCCACACAAGCAAAAGGCCAACAACAUAUGUUCCUCAUAAAUAAAAGGAACUUCAACGAACAACUUCUAUCAUAUGAACCGAACCUUUGGGAGUCGGGAGGUUCGAAAUUGAGAUUACUGGUAUCAUCUGAAAAUGUUUGGGUGUUUUCAAGAAAUGAUGAAACAACCACCAUUAUCUUAUCAUGCCACUUAAGCGAAGUAGUGUCUUGUCAUCCAGUGACAACAAAUACAAAUUCAGAAGGCAAGAAACUGAAAAAUUUAGCUUAUUAUAUUGAGUUAACGACCAAGUCAAAUGUAACACUAUCGGGAGCAUCAGAAGUUCUUCUAAAGCGACCGAGGGUAAGAUGUCGGACAGCAGAAAUGGCCGAGAAAGCAGCCAGACAUGUGAAUUAUGCCAAAGGAGUUUAUGACGAACGAGAGCAUACAUUAAAUCCUGAUUUAAUAUUAGAAAAUUAGUAUGAUUUCAACUGGACCUAGAAAUAACUCGGAUUUUUUCUAUGAAACGAGAUAUUCUUGUGAUAACAAAUGUAGAAAUGUUAAAUAGCUACUAUGUACUAUAUACUAACUUUUUAAGAGAAAGGCAAAUAUUGGGACGUAUUGCUUGUUUCUUGUUUCCAAAGAUGAAGGGGACAAAAACGAAUUUCUUUUUUGUUAAAUUUAUUUAUAAAAUAUGAAAAUAAAUCGUGCGAAAUAUCUUUUUUAAAAUAAAACUAUUGAAAGGAA